CCAGUCGGCCCGAUUGUGAGGAUCGCCAAUGCCUCCACAUGGCAGCGCCUUCGACACGCGCAGAUGCGGCGGCGCGCUGGCGGGCCUGCUCGGCUGUCCCUGGAGGUCAGCCUGGCCGUGAGGGUGGCGCUGGGCUCCUGUGUCGCGAGCUCGCUCGUCCUGGUCAAGCCUCUGAAGGACCUCUUCAGCGAGGAGACGCAGCCGCUGCUGCAGAACGCUGCCGUCGUCGCCAUCUUCUGCGCUGGCGGCUCGCUGGAGGAGACCGUGAAGCUGUCCGCGGAGACGGUCGCUGGCACUUUCGGCGCCGUCUUCGGCACGGCGGCGGGGUGCUGGCUAGGGGGGCUGGGCACUGUGCGGGUGGAUUGCUGGCUGUCGCUUCUAGUGCCAGUGGAGGCCACGCUUCUGGCGGGGGCGAUCUGCCUGCUCCCGGUGGCCGACAAUGUCAAGAUGACUAUGGUCGGCCUCAUGUCGUAUUUCACAAUCAGCAUCUUCUCCGACAGCCAAGUGCCCGUCGCGCAACUGUGUGGGGAGUACGUUGCCAUGACCUUCUGCGGCACGCUCUGCAUAGUGCUUGCGUACAUGGUGCGCGUCCCGUGGCUCGCGGACUCGAACGCCCUGCAGAGUGCGGCGAGCGCUUUUGAGGACGUGGCGGAUGGCUGUGCUGAGCUCAUCACGGAGGCGACCCUGGCGUUCCUGUGCACUGGGGCAGGCGACGCCUGGCGUGCGAUGGCCCUGCACCGCACCCGAGUGGUGGAGGCCCGGCUCGUCGAGGCGCGGCGUGCCGUGGGCUUCCGCAACUGGCACCCGCGCGUGAUUGUGAAGCGCAUGUCGCGCUCGGGCCGCACCGCGCAGGCGGCGUGGAUGGCGCGCCGGGAGGCGGCCUUCGCGAACGCCGCGAGCGCCCUGGACACAUGCAGGCUGCUCUGCGAGCUCGCGGUGCAGGCGCAGGCGGGCGCGACUGGCUUCGAGGCCGUGGCCGUGCGGGAGAGGACGGCGGACCGCCUCGCGCGCGUGGCCGAGGCGGCAGCCGCGCUGCUGCGGGACUCGGCCCGCGCAAAUUUCCAGGGCAGCCGCGCGGGCCACGGGCAUCAGCCCCUGGAGGAGCCGGGGGACCCCGCUGGGCGCACCCAGCGCCGAGCUGUGCACGUGGCCGCGAAGAAGGCCCUGAGAAACAGCAGCGCCGCGGCUCGCGAGCUGCUUCUGCUUAGCACGUACGGAGGCGCCAGCGACGAUGCUGGGGGCGCUGACGACGACGCGAACCCAGCCAGAGCAAGCCUCCUACAGAUGUCCCGGAGUGAGCUGGCUGGGGCCCGCUCCGACAUGGCCGCGUUCCUCUUCCUGGUGCACGCCCUUGCGGCGGACUUGCUCCGCAGCGAGGCGGAUGCCGCGCGAGAGCAGGCGACGUUGCAGCGCGCCGCCACCGCACCCAUCCCCGGCGGCGCACGGUGGCGGCUGCCACGGGUGGACGAGGAGGCAGACGAUGCGGACAAUGGCUCGAUAGGCGGCGAGAGCUGUUGCACCGAGUCCCUGCACUCCGGGUUCGGCUCCCUGCACGCGCCGCUGGUGAAGCGAGCGGCGCCGUCGGUGGGCGGCGAGACGGUGAGCAGCCACGGUGCAGCGGCCAGGGUGCAGGAGCUGGCCAGGCGCUGGUUGUCCUGCCUGAGCUCGAGGUGCGCCCCGCUCUGUGCGUGCGCGGCGCAUGUCGCGGCCGCCACGAGAAUGCGAUGGCGCAUCGCCCUCAAGGUGAUGCUCAGCUUCUUGCCAGCUUGCCUCGCGUCCAUCUACCUCUUCGAGCUGGACAGCACGACCGUUGCCACCGUUGCGUACGUGUGCAGCUACGGCUCGCAGCACUGCGGCAGCUCGCUGCGGCGCGUCGCCCUGCGCGGCGUCGGCAUCGCCGCGGGCGCCACCGUGGGCAGCGCCAUACAGAACAUGAUCUUGCGGCUCCACCAGGCGAUCGGGGUGAGCUGGUGGGGAUUUGUGUCCUGCUCCGCGGCCAAUGCGCUGAUCGCCUCCUGCUGGGUCGGCUUCGUGAUGCUGAUCAGCUUCCGCGGCGGCCCCUACUCCUACGCAGGCUUCUGCUCUGCCUUCGUGUCCUUCAAGUUCACGCUGGCCAUCGGCGACUCCGCGGACCUGAGCUCCAUAGUAGCCUUCAACAUGUUCGCCUGCCUCCUCGUGGCGGCGGUGGAGCUGGGGGUGAUGCCGAUGCACGCCGACACCAUGCUUCGCUCCCGCCUCGCGGCAGCGACGGCAGGAUCUCUUGCCGCGCUGUCUGCGCUGGUCACGUCGUCCAGCGAGAACGUCGCCAUAACGCCGCGCCUGGCCAGGGACGUGCUGCAGUAUGUCGGCGCGAGCGCGGCGGAGCACCGCUGCAUCGCGGGGGAGGCCGACCCGAUGCUGAGGACCCUGCGGGCGGCAGGGGGAGCGGCCGCGCCCCAGAGGCUGAGCAGCCGCGGGCAGCCAGAGGACCAGAGGGACCGCGCCAAGACGAUAGGUGCCGUGGGCGACCUCAAGACGUUGGGCGACCUGCCCGACCUGACCGAGCGCAUCAAGGAGGCUGGCUUCUACGAGCACUACCUCAGCUGGCGUGACGGCUACAUGCGCUGGCGGGGCGGCAGCGCGGACGGGUCGCAUGGCGAGAUCGCCAGCGGCGCCCCGCAGAAGGGGGCGGCCGCCGCCCCGAGCCCCGCGGAUCCGCCCGCCGACGAGCAGGCGCACGCACCCGGCGGCUCGGAGGCGCACCAGAACGCCGCGAUCGUCGCCGCGGCGUUCGAGCCCGCGCUCUCGGGGGCGUCGGUCGGCCUCGCCGCGCUCGACCCGUUCGCGGCGGUGACGCUGCCGUUGGACCAGGGCAGCCCGAGCGAGGCCGCGUGCCGGAGCGACAUGGGACCCUCCGCGGGCCUGUCGGGGCUGGCCGAUGGGAUCCUGCUGACCCGGGGCGCCCCCGUGCUGGCCGAGGGCAUCGCCGGCGCAGAGGCGCAGCUGGAGGGCCCCGCGCAGGCGGGGCCCGCGCAGCUCGACCCGGAGUCCGCGGCGUGCAUGCCCCUGCUCGCGGAACUGGCGAGGAGCCGCCCGCACGCGUCUGGCGGCGCCUCGGGCGGCACGUGCACGGGCGACGGCCCGCCGCCGAGGCAGAUCAGCAGCGUGAAGUCGCGGGAGCUGUCGGUCGAGUCGCUCGCCAGCGCCACUGCGCAGGAGCUGGACCUCCAGGCGUCAGGGUUGGCCCUUGCGGCCACGGUCUCCCUCGCCGACGUGCAGGUCCUUCUGGACGAGAUCGGUAGCGCGCUGGCGCCCGCGCGCGGCUUGGCGUCUCAGGCUACGGACCGCCUCGACGGCGAGACUGUGGACGCGAACGCGUGGUGCUCCCUGGCAGCCGCCAUCGGCAUGCUGAGGCUUAGGCUGUCUCUGCUUGCCCGGGUCGCUCUCCGACUGCGCCACGGGGUGGGCGUCGCCGAGCUGCUGGGUGGCACGGGCCAGGAGAAGGCGGCUGCUCAGCUCGUCGCUGCCUGCAGCGUCGCGCUGGCGGCGGCCACCUCUGCCAUCGCCGGCGGGGCCGCGCCCCUGCCGCGUGUCGCGGCGCAGCUGGAGCGGAACCUGAAGGCGUCGGCCGCCACGCUGGUGCGGGCGCUGGCGUGGCGGUCCAUCCAGCACGUCCCCGCCCACGGUGGAGGGCGCGGCGUCGCCGCAGAGGUGCUGGCGAGCACGGCCGGCUCCACGCUGGUGGGGCUGUUGCGCGGCUCGGCGGAGGUCCUCUCCUGGGCCGUCGUGCUGGCCGGCUCACAUGCGGAGGCCCCAGUGGGGGCCGUCGCGUCGGAGCCGCGCGCGCCCCGCGCGUCGCGCGGCUCGUCGCUGACGGGCGCCCUGGAGUCCGAGCUGCCGGACCUCACCGACCGCCUGAAGGAGGCCGGCAAGUUCGAGGAGUACGAGAAGUGGCGGGAUGGGUACAUGCGCUGGCGGGGCGGCGGAGCGGCCGGAGCGAAGGGGCAGAUCGUGAAGACCACCAUCACGUGAACGCGCCAGCUGCUGUGACUCCAGGCCAGUGCCUGCGCCCCGCGGCAGGA